CAGCUUCCUACCAUCUUUUGACAUCAGAACUUAGCACGGUACCCUGUCCGGGAAUGUACAGUAACAGCCCGUAACGUAAUCUGGUCUGGGCGAUAACCAGCCACAAGCGUGCGAUGCUUGACGCAAGCGGCUGGGCUUGCGAGUUCCCCCCGAAGGCAUCCCCAAUUGGCUUCGGGCUCCUCUCCUGCUGUCGCUCUACUUUUCCCUGCCUGUUUGCUUUUUCGGCCGGACUGUGCUCUCUCUCUCUUCAACUUUUCCCUCUUCUCGUCCCACCUCUCAACUAUCCAUUCUUCUCAUCUUCUACUCUUCCGCCCUCCCCUCCCUUCCUUCCUCAAUUCAUCCUUCAUCGACAUCGAGUACCUCGAUAGCUCCCCAGCCCUCUGAGUAACUCCCCCAGAGUGUCCUACUUUCAAUUUACGAAUUCCCGUGCCCUUGUGAGGCCAUAUUUGACAUACCCCGACCGCCGACAUGGCGUCCGUCGCCGCGGAGAGGACGGAGCUGAAGGAGGAAGGCAUCAUUGAGGCCGCGACCGAGCUGGCCGAGGACCCCCAAUCCAAGGUCAACCCGGAAAAGGUCGAGGAGACCCUCGUCAAAGAAACUCGCGAAGCUGGUGGUGUCGCAUACCAAUUCGAUCCCAAUGCUUCGCCCGCGGACAAGGCAGCAGCUGCCGAAGCGCGACUGCCGCCGGGAUUACAUCGAGAUAAUAAGCCAACGGGCAUGGCUGUGAUUACGGAUAAGAAUGACGGCAAAGCAGACUAUGAUCUUCCUCCUCCACGCUCGGCCACCGCCAUCCUGGCCGAGGAGGCCAAUGCGACCGAUGCGAAGGGCGGGACCAAUGUAGACGAGGAUCUGCGCUGGGCUCGCGACCGCACCGGGUGGGCGCCCAAGUUUCACGUCGAGAAGACUGCGGAGGACGAUGCCGAGGGCACGCUGCUCGAUCACCAGGACUUUUUGGAGGGUCGGAUACCCGAUAAGUUCUUUGGCGAUUGGUACCACAAUGCCGCGAUUAUCGUGUUUGCCUGCUUGAGUUCCUGGCUCAUUGCGGCUCUGGGUGGUGGUGUGGGCUGGGUGUUGCUGGUGAUGGCUGCGUGCAGCACGUACUACCGUACCUCUAUUCGCCGAGUGCGCCGGAAUUUCCGGGACGAUAUUAACCGUGAAAUGUCCAAGCAGCGCUUGGAGACCGAUACUGAGAGUCUCGAGUGGAUCAACAGCUUCCUCGUCAAGUUCUGGCCGAUUUAUGCUCCCGUUCUGUGCGACACGAUUAUCAGCUCCGUCGACCAGGUUCUGAGCACCUCGACUCCGGCGUUCCUGGAUAGCCUGCGUCUGAAGACUUUCAUUCUCGGUACUAAGCCGCCCCGUCUCGAGCAUGUCAAGACCUACCCCAAGACCGAGCCGGACACUGUGAUCAUGGACUGGAAGUUCAGUUUCACGCCUAAUGAUACCAUGGAUCUGACUGCGCGCCAGCUGAAGGACAAGAUCAACCCCAAGAUUGUGCUAGAAGUCCGUGUUGGUAAGGGUAUGGUCAGUAAAGGUCUGGACGUCAUUGUCGAGGACAUGGCCUGCUCGGGGCUCAUGCGCGUCAAGGUCAAGCUUCAACUGCCGUUCCCGCACAUCGAGCGCGUGGAUGUCUGCUUCUUGAGCAAGCCCGAGAUCGAUUACGUCUGCAAGCCUCUUGGUGGUGACCACCUCGGCUUCGAUAUUAACUUUAUCCCCGGUCUGGAGAACUUCAUCAAGGAGCAGAUUCACAAUAACCUGCAGCCCAUGAUGUACGACCCGAACGUCUUCCCCAUCGAGAUUGCCAAGAUGCUUGCUGGCAACCCCGUCGACCAGGCUAUCGGUGUGGUUGCCGUGACUCUGCACGGUGCUCAACAGCUCAAGAACCCGGACGCGUUCUCUGGUACCCCCGACCCGUAUGCGGUCGUGUCGCUGAAUGGCCGUACCGAGCUGGGCCGUACCAAGAUUGUGCACGAUACCGACAGUCCGCGCUGGAACGAGACUAUUUACGUUAUUAUUACCUCUUUCGCGGACGCCUUGACUAUUGCUCCCUACGAUUGGAACGAGUACCGCAAGGAUAAGGAACUGGGUACCGCUACGUUUGCCCUCAGCAAGCUCGAGGAAGAACCCUCGCACGAGGGUCUCUUCCUGGAGGUCACGGCUAGCGGCCGUCACCGUGGUGCCGUCCAAGCCGACAUUCGCUUCUUCCCCGUUCUUGAAGGCAGCAAGACGGAAUCCGGCGAGACCGAACCCCCACCAGAGAUGAACACCGGUAUUGCACAAUUCACCGUGGAGCAAGCCAAGGAUCUGGACGGCAGCAAGAGUUUCGUCGGCAAGCUGAACCCGUACGCCGUGCUACUGCUGAACGGCAAGGAAAUUCACGUCACGAAGAAACUGAAGCGCACCAACAAUCCCAUCUUCCAGAAUGCCUCCAAGGAAUUCCUCGUCACGGACCGCAAGAACGCCCGUCUGGGUCUGAUCAUCAAGGACGACCGCGACCUCUUGGGCGAUCCUAUUAUCGGACGCUACCAGAUCAAGAUGAACGAUCUGAUGAAGAUGAUGGAGCAGGGCAAGGAUUGGUUCCACCUACACGGUGUCAAGGAAGGUCGUGCCAAGCUCAAGUUGCAAUGGAAGCCCGUCGCUCUGAGCGGUGUUGCCGGUAGCGCUGGCUACAUUGAUCCCAUUGGUGUGAUGCGCUUCCACUUCAAGGGUGCCACGGAUUUGCGUAACCUCGAGGCUAUGGGUAAAUCCGACCCCUACGCUCGUGUUAUGCUCUCCGGUGUGACCCGCGGUCGUACCGUCACUUUCCGGAAUAACCUCAACCCUGUCUGGGACGAGGUCGUCUAUGUGCCCAUUCGUAGUGCCCGCGAGAAACUGGUCGUCGAGGUCAUGGACGAAGAGAAGAUCAACAAAGACCGCUCCCUCGGCUGGGUCGAGCUCAAGGCCGCUGAUUUCGUUCGCGAGACCGAGACCGGCGAGUAUGAGAUUGACGAUGACAAGCAACUUACUACCUCGCCUCUGCGUUAUGGCCAGGGUGCCUUCAAGGGUCACCUUAACUACACCGUUUCUUUCUACCCGACUAUUCCCGUGUCCAACCCUGAGGAUGAGGCUGAGCAGGAGGAGCAAGAGGAUGAGCUUACCGGAGCGGAUGCGCCUCGCAAAAGCACCGACUCUAAGGUUCGGCCUGGACAUUCGAAGACUGCGAGCAUUGAUUCCAAGUCUUCAAAGACUUCAAAGGCUUUGUCGAAUGGUGCUGCGAUUAAUGGUGUUACCAAUGGCGAGUCGACGACUACUAAUGGUCGGGCUAGCCUGGAGACUAAUGCUUCUCGUCCGUUGACCCGGGACUCGGAUGUCGCCUCUGUGCGGUCGAUUAAAUCGAUUCCCAAGAUGGAACUCAGCAAGGAGGACCUUCCCAAAUAUGAAUCCGGAUUCGUCGUGUUCAAGUUCCACCAUGGCGAAUUGGCUCACACUAACGUUCAGCUCGAGGUCGUCAUCGACGACUACAUGUUCCCGGCCUUUACCUCGCCCAAGAUUCACUCCAAGACUCUCAACUCCUCUGACAUUGGCGAGGCGUUUGUGCGUGAACUUGAGUUCUCCAAGAUGACGCUUCGCCUGGUUCACAAGAAUGACCCCCACGAUUCCAGCGAGGAGAACACCGUCGCUAAGCUUACUGGAAACACUCUCACCACCCUGCAACACAUCCUGUACGAGCCCAAGGAGCUGGUUCUUCGGUCUAACACCGGUGAGCUUAGCAAGAUCACUGUCAGCGCUCGCUACAUCCCCGUCCAGAUGAAGCUGGACCCCAGGGAGAGCAUCAACAAUAUGGGUAAAUUGCAAGUCAAGAUCAACAAGGGUGUCAACCUGCCCAUUGCCGACAGCAACGGCAAGAGUGACCCUUACUGCCGAUUCUACAUCGGCAAUGACGACAAACGCCCCAUUUACAAGACUGAAAUCAUCAAGAAGAACCUGAAUCCAGUCUGGAAUGAGAGUUUCGAAGUCGAGGUCAAGACGCGGAUCGACGCUAAAUUCCGUGUCGAGGUGUAUGACUAUGAUCGUGGCGUUGGUGACGAUCGUCUCGGCGAAGCCAUUAUUGAUCUUGAGCCCUUGGAGCCCUUCCAGCCGAAGGAUGUCGUCGUCACCCUCAUCAACCCAUCUAAGGACGCCAAACCCCCUACCAACGGCCAGCCAAGCACCAUCCAUCUACACCUCCUCUUCAAGCCCGACUACGUGAUGCGUCUGAGUCAAGGCUCAACCACCUUCGUCGGUGGUAUCGGCGGCAAGGUCGGCGGCACAGCCAAGACCAUCGGCGGCGUCCCUCUCAAGGUUGGAGGAGUCGUCGUCGGCGGCGCCGCUCACGGAGCCACCUCCAUCGGUGGCAAGAUCUUCGGCCGCUUCCACAAAGACAAGCACGUUGACGACGACGCAGCUUCCAUCGCCAACAGUGCCGUCGAGGAGCCCACCACCAACGGCGGCGGUCUCGUCUCCGGUGCACCCCUCGUCGAUGCUACACGCAAUACCCCCGCCGUAGCCCUCGUCGAUGGCUCAAACACCCCUCCCACCCCGUCAACCCCCCAGAAGGAACACGCCCGCAACCGCAGCACGGCAUCUAACUACGGCGACCGCCUCUCCGUCUUCGGCGGCGGUGCCCGCGGCGACACGGGAAUCGCCCAUAUCACCGUCGUCUCCGCAUCCGGCUUUCCCUCCUCGGCAAACCUACGCGUCAUCGUCCGCCUACAGGGUAGCAAGGGAAGCAAGGAAGUCCACAAGACCAAAGCGCAUAAAGCGGGCGACGAAGCCGUGACCUAUGAUGAAUCUUUCAAGGUUCCCAAAGUCACAGCCGGCUCGCAGUAUCAAAUUCGCGUUGUGGAUCAUUCAACCUUUGGUUCGGAUGAUGUCCUCGGCGAGGGAUUCUUCCUUGUCGCCGAUCAGGGCUCCGAGGCCGGUCAGGAUAAGGCCGUUGUUGUGGGAUCCGGGUCUGUGGUUAUUCGGUCGAGUUUUGAUGCGCCCGAUGCUGGGUUGAGGCCUUCCACGUCGCACUCUACGGCGGGUGGGGAUGAGGGGGAUAGUCCUGCGGGGAAGAUGCCGAGGAGGAGCUUUUUGAGUAAGAGGAGUGUUAGCGGGGCGUGAUUGGGUGUGUUGAAUGGGAGAAGUCUAUGAAAAGAAACCAACGAUUGUGAUUGUGCUCGUCUACCCUGUUUGGAAUAGUGUUGUUAUGUGAUAUCCUUUUCCUUUUUUUUUCCACCUUCUCUUUUUUUGCUUUAGUCUUCGCCUCUGCUUAUCCCUCGUUUUGCCUUAUCUAGAUUUGACGAGUUGGAUACGAUAUGAGACGUAACUCGGCUUGUUGCUACUAGCCCUAGUUUCCGGGUACUUUUCAUAACCCAUGGAUAUGUCAAUGGAUUUGAAGAUGUAUAUUCACUCUGCUUAUCUUACUGUGUACGAACGAACGCAGUAAGAUCCUCUUCUGACAUUCUGAACGGGGGAAAAAUAUAGAGGGCGCGCCUCUGUAAGCCUGC